AUGAGGCCUGACCAACACAAAAAGAAACGAAGUACACAGUAUAAGAAAAAACAUGGUAUCAGCGACAAACCAAAGAAUGACGACAAUAACAACAACAACAAAAAUAAUAAAGAAAAAGCCGGUUCUGGACAGGGUUCUACUCAAUGGCAAGCACCUGAAAAAGUGAACAAUACAAAAGAUGUGACUAAGAAUUUAACGUCCAAGAAUGAAAAUAAUAGCAAGGAGGAUGAAUCUUCGGCUGAGGAGGAGGACGCACUGGCAGCGUCAUUUCGCAGAAGAAAGAUUGUAAGUAACUGGGAUCGUUACCAAUCACUGCCACCUGAGAAUGAAGAUGAAAAUCUGUCAGAAAUUGGUGCUGAUUUUGGAAAACUACUUAGCCAAACAGCUGAUGCCUUGUCUCAGUUUCGUUUCAAAGAUGAAAAAGAAUGGGAAGAAGACAAAACUUUACUUUCUUCCAGUUUUGUGGCUCUUGACUGUGAGGCUCUAGCCAACAGCCUUCAGUGCCUGCCCUUAAAUGAAAGGCUUGGAUUGGACGCUACUCUCUUUAGUGAUGAACAGUUAGAAGAUUUUGCUGCUGAAGCUGAGAAAAGCAGGAUGUUAUACAAUCCUGACAGUUGCAGUACCAUUGUUCAAGAACAACAAACAGCAUUAGAUGUGAAAGCCAUACAUUCUGUACUUUCUGCUGCCAUGCACUUGGCACCAGCUCUUCUGAAGACAGUCAAAGCUGAGCCAACGCAUGUAGAAAAUGGUACUGAAAUAGUGCCAGUAGAAGAAGGAAAAGAAAAAACUGGGGUUCCUGACAAAGAAGACUCUAAGCUGACCGAUGUUGCACAAGAACCAAGGAGUAAAUCGGCCAACAUGAAAAAGUCCCCUUGUAUUACACCACAGGUCAAAUCUGAUCCCAUCUCAGAGGAAGAUGAACUUCAUACAUUGUUAUCAUUAGGGAAGACGAAACCUCAAGCAGAUGUUGGUGGGUCUGGUAACAUUGAUCGGCUGGCUGAGAUUUCAUCCUCUGGAGAGAAAAAAUAUGUGAGUUCUGCAACAGCAUCUCUUGAAGAUUGGUUGGACAGUGUGCUAGAGAGCUGA